AUGACAGAUCCACAAAUAAUAAUAAGAAAGGCUUCAGAACGUCUUAAUCAUCUUAUGAAAGACAUUACAUACAGAUCUACAAAAGAAGCAUAUGAAAUUAUAAAAAACACACUACCCUUCGCUAAACAUUAUCUACCACAAUAUACUUACGAGAAAUGUAUGUUGCGAUUUCUUAGUAAGUUAUGGGAUGAAAAUAUAUUCAAUUUAUUAAGUGAUUUAAUUUCUAAAAUUACUAUUGUUAAUAAAGAAACUGCCAAUAUAUUCAUUCCAUACUGUAUAAUUAAAUUUAAUAGAUUUAACGUUUUAGAUAAAAAAUAUAUAAAUUUUUUGGAUUUUUGUGAUGAAAAAUAUAAUAAAAAAUUUCAGGUUAUUUUAAAAAAGUCGAAUUCUGCACAUGUAAAAAGUCUAGUUUUAAAUAAGCACGGAGAAGAGGUAAGUGAAUGUAAAAUAAAAAAAAAUUUACAAGAUAAUUUUUUUACUGAAUUUUUAAAUAUCUGUAAUUUUAAAGUAAUAGAUAAAGAAUGUGAUAGAGAUUGUUUUUACACAAAUUAUAACAAAAGAAUAAUUUACAAUUUUACAGGAGAUAAGUUUAGUAAAGUAGUACAUCUAUUUGUAAAAAAAAGAUAUAAACAGUGUAAACUUGCAAUUAAAGAAUUAUUAAAAGAAUUUUAUGAAUAUUUACAUGUUUAUAACAUAUUAAUUUAUUGUUAUAUACAACUGGGAAUGUAUCAAGAAGCUAUUUAUUACCUAAAUAUUUGUAUAGACAUGAGUAAUAAAAAGGUUAGAUGGUAUUUUAUUAACUAUAAGCUUUUAGUAGAACGAAUUGGAUUUAUUCAAGGACCUACUUCUUAUUUAAAAAAUAUUGAAUUGAAUGACGAAUAUUUUAUAACAAAUUUAGAGCAUAAAACACAAGAUAUAAAAAACCACUCUAAUUUAUCAGUGAUAAGCAAUGACUCAUACACUUUUAAUAAAAAACUUGUGUUUAACAGAUUAAGUGAAAAUUUUAAAGAUAUUAUUAGAGAAAUUCGGAAUAUUGAUAAUGCUGUAAAAAUUAAUAUAAAUAUUAAAGAUAAUAUUAAGGUUAUCAGUAUAUUUGUAUUGGAGGAAAUGAUUCAUAUUGCUCAAGUAACCAGUGGCUGUUAUAAAGUUUAUAAUACAAAUAUUAAUUAUAAAAUGAUAUCCUUGGAAUACAAUGGAAUUUUAUUAAAAAACAAAGACAUACUAAAAAAUGAGACAAAAAAAGAGAUCUGGUGGGCUGAAAGAAUAAAACUUGAUAGAAUAAUGAAAAACUUAAUGGAAAAAAUUAAUUUUUCUGAUUUGAAAAUAACUGGAACUGUAUUUUUAAUAUUUGAUGAAAAAACCGAAGAAUUUCCAUUUGAACAUACAAGUAUAUUUAAAAAUGCUUUAUGUUAUAGAAUUUCGAGCAUAGAACACAUUGAAGACCUAGAUCGAAAAAAUUAUUGUUCAUUAAACAAUUCUACACUUUUAUUAGAUCCUGAUUUAAAAAACACAUUUGAAAGAAUUACUGCAAAUUUUAAAGAUAAAAAAACCAAACUUAUAGAACAUAACAUGAAUGCAGAAGAUAAAUUUAUUUGUUAUUUUGGACAUGGAAGUGGUACAAAAUACAUUAGUAAAAAUAUAAAAAACAGUGUGCUGUUUUUAUUUGGAUGCUCAAGCGCCAGGCUUGUCUGCACUAGAAAUUUUAACAAAAAUGGAGAUGUAAAAAAAUUUAUAAAAAUAAUAAAAAUGUUUUAG